AUGCCACAUAACAAUAACAGCAGUAAUCAAAAUGAGGAUUUCGAAGCAUUUGAGAGUAUGAUCAAUUCUAUGAUGCAAGGAGCAUUUUCAACGUUAUUCAGAGAUAUGAGUCAUCGUCUAUUUGAACCAGUGACUACAAUCAUAGACGGAAACCAUACUCAAAUAAAUAGCCAACCUAUAUUGGAUGAUUAUGAAGGAAGUGACUUUAGAAGACUAGUUAGGAAAUCAAAGCAGAAUAGAAGAGCUGAAGAAAUAGUAAGGGAAGAACGGGAAGAGAAUGAAGCACAACCAGCUGUCAGUUAUAAUGCUAUACCACCAGCAGUGGGUGCUGUCACUUCUGCAUUAUCCAACACAAUUGGAAGUGUAUUUAAGCAUGUAUUUAGAUAUCCAGACAACAGUAAUAACAAUGCUAUUGUUCCAAGCAAUAAUAGUAAUGCAAAUAACGAAAUAACUCAACAGCCUUCAGGCAUUCAAUGGUCUUAUAGUUCUACUCGGACAACAUCUCAGCCUGAUGGCACCCAAAUAACAAUAACAACACGAAAAUCAAACGGAAUAAGUGAAACAACGAAGCGGGUUCAUUUCCCGGAUGGACACGUAGAAGAGACGAAAGAAAUAAACCAUAUCUAA